AUGAGCCAGGAGGUUGAAAUCAGCUUGGCGCCGAUGAUGGAUGUCACGACAGCCCACUUCCGAAGAUUCAUCAGGCUGACGUCUGAGAAGACUGUUCUAUUUACAGAGAUGAUUGUGUCGAACACAGUGAUCCACGUUCCCCGGGACAAGCUGAGGGAAAGGCUUGGGGAGUAUGACGACAGGACUGUUGUGCAGAUCGGGGGAAGCGAUGCAACGAGCAUGGUGGAAGCGGUGAGGAUCUUGCAAGGCCUUGGAUACCGAAUGUUCAACCUGAACUGUGGAUGCCCCAGCUCCAGAGUAAAGAAGGGGAGUUUUGGAGCGGUUCUCAUGCUUAACAGAGAGCUGGUUGCCGAGAUAAUCAACAGAGUGUAUGGGGAAACCGGGGCCGUCCUAAGCCUCAAGAUUAGAACGGGUGUUGACGAGCAUGAUGGGGUAGACUUCCUGGACGGGUUUGUCAGCCACAUCAAGAAGAACACGCCCACUAGGACGUUUUAUGUCCAUGCACGGAGGUGCUGGCUGGAAGGCCUUUCUCCUCAGCAGAACAGGAAGGCGCCACCUCUUGACUAUGCCAGUGUGUACGCAAUCAAGAGUCUUCAUCCCGAGCUUAGGAUUAUUCUUAAUGGGUCUAUUGGGGAAGGCAACUUGGACAAGAUACACAACCUGGACGGGGUGAUGAUAGGCAGAGGGGCGAUUAGGAAUGUGUUUGUGUUCUGGGAUAUCGAGAAUCGGAUGUCUAUGUGUGGAGCGGAGAGAAGAUGCAAAGAUGGUAGAGAGUGCCAACCAGAUACCGGGAUUCAGAAGAUUGAGUGCAGUGAUGUCGAAGACCAUAAGAGCAGAAGAGCUCGGAAGGUCCUCUCUGUUGUCAAGGAGUACUUUGAUUGGUUCUCUCCCUCUGAGCAACUGAAGCCCAUUCAUGUACAGCCUGUACUCAAUCUCAUGGUGGCGAAAAGAGGCUGCAAGGCGUAUAGGAGAAGACUCAACGAGCUGGUUGUAGGCAAGGCAGGCCCCGGGGAGGUGUAUCUGCUGGUAGCAGAGUUUCUUGGGCGAUAA